AAAAAAAUAUUUUUCAUCAUCUAUUUCUUUCUCUCCUUUUUCCUUCGUGAUAUCAACGUUACGAAAUUAGUCAGGUUCAAUUAUUGAUCGUUAUCGACCUACUAUACUACAUUUUCCACUUUGUACCAAAAUGGCAACCAAGCCUAAUGGCACCACCACUAAAAACCCCACCACCCCCACCCCCACCUCGAACCCUACACCGAAAAAUCAAACGUACAACCCUAAGAGCCAGACGUACAAUCCAAAUCGAAUCCCUUAUCGACCGAACUAUCGACACAAACGCCGUGGUCGUGGUUGCAAUUUUCGUAGAUGUUUUUGUCGAUGUUGUUGUUGGACUAUUCUCAUGAUCAUCAUUAUUCUUAUACUUGUAGCUAUUGCUAGUACAAUUUUUUACUUCCUUUAUCGUCCUCAACUCCCUUCAUUUUCUAUAUCCUCUCUCAAGAUUUCGCACUUCAAUCUCACCACAUCCCCUGAUGACACUACAAGACUCGCUACUAAAUUCAACGUAACUCUGUCUACCAAGAACAAAAACAAGAAAGUCGUAUACAUUUAUGAUCCAAUUGCAUUGAAAGCGGAAUCAACCAAUCAAAUUGAGCUAGCAAAUGGGGAUUUUCCAAGAUUUACUAGUGCACCAAAUAAUGUCACAAUUAUACAUUCAACAUUAUCAAUUGUGUCACAAGUUCUUGAUGUGGAUUCAAUUUCAAGUUUGAAAUUAGAUAUGAAGAGAAAAAGUGGAAUGCCAAUGAGGAUUUUGUUGGAUACAAAAGUUGUUGUGAAAAUGGACAAAUUGAAAACUAACAAAGUGGGGAUUAGAGUAACAUGUGAUGGUAUCAAUGGACCAAUACCUAAAGGGAAAAAUCCAAGUGUGGCUUCAAUUACAACAGCUAAAUGUAAGGUUGAUUUGAGAAUCAAGAUUUUGAGAUGGACUUUCUAGUUACAACUUCACCUUUUUCGAUUUUUCAUUCUAUGUCUGACACAUGUUUUGAGAUUCGACUAAUUCAAAUUCACGUCAAAAGGUACCACUUUGAGGUUUCUAUCUAAGUCGACUCCAUUCUCAAGGCACAAACUCGAGAUCAUAAUUAAGAUAAGAGUCGGGGAGUACUUAUCAAUUUUUCAAUUUUUUUAAAUUGAUUUCAACUCAAUUUGAUUUUGUGAGUUUACUAUUUUGCUUUUUCUUUGGUCAAGUGUAAUCAUAUAUAUAUUUUUUAUUUUUAUAUUUUGAAAAAAUCGGAAUUGGUUGUAAACAUCAUAGAAUUUUGAGUUUUUUUUGUUUAUAUAUAUAAUAUAAAAAGAUAAUCAAGAAUUGUAAAGAAAGUA